GCUCUGGUUGUCGCUCAUCGUAAGUGUGAAGCGGCUGUUAGCAGCUUGACAGUUGAGCACUCGGACUGAACGCACGGUCACUGGCCUCUGGUUAAACCAGUAUGGCUCCACUGAAGUUUUGUGCCAAUAUCUCCUGGCUGUUCACAGAACUGCCAGACUUCAGCCAGAGAAUACACGCCGCUGCCUCGGCUGGUUUCCGGUGUGUGGAAGCAGCCUGGCUCUACGACUCAGAGCUGCAGGAGCUUCAGAGUGCCAGAGAGGCUGCUGGCGUCGAGGUGGUCCUCAUCAACACUCCGCCCGGAGAUGUGAUGGCUGGUGAUCUUGGUCUUGGAGCAGUUCCUGGAAGAGAGGCAGAGUUCAGACAGGGUCUGGAUAUGGCCAUAAAGUAUGCAAAAGCUUUGGACUGUAAACGGAUCCACCUAAUGGCAGGCAGGGUUCCUGUGGGCUCACACAGGACUGCGGUUGCCAAGGAGAUGGAGGCCAUUUUUGUACAGAACCUGACCUAUGCUGCUGAUAUCCUCUCAAAGGAAGGAAUCACUGGAUUGAUUGAACCAAUCAACACAAGGAUUACAGAUCCCAGGUAUUUUCUGGAUUCUCCUCAUCAGGCUGCUGUUAUACUGGAGAAGCUUGGAAAGCCAAACAUCAAGCUGCAAAUGGACAUAUUUCACUGGCAAAUAAUGGAUGGAAACCUGACACAAAAUAUACACAAGUAUUUCCCCAUAAUUGGUCAUGUUCAGAUCGCACAGGUUCCAUGCAGGAAUGAGCCCAACAGUGCAGGAGAGCUCAACUACAGCUACCUGUUCAACAUACUGGAAAACAUUGACUACCAGGGAUACAUUGGCUGUGAAUACAAGCCACUAGGCUCCACAAUGGAAAGUCUGGGUUGGAUCAAAGAUUACUGGACAUGCAGCAAGUGAUGAGCACAGGUGACUCCACCGCAAAGCUGUGAACAUGUUUUACAGUUUGAUGCAGUGUUCUUACUAACUGGCAUAAUAGUUGUCAUAUAAAAAUGAGAUGAAUGACUGA